AAGCAGCGACUACGCAGGCACCAACGACUACCCAGGAAUCCACCACCAGUGAUCCAAAUUUACCCACCUCAGAUGACACCGUCUGUCCGAGCGGCUGGUCAUUUGGACGCCAGGGCAGUUGUUAUCAGUUGCUAUUUGACCGUGCUGACCAUUACGACUACAGAGAGGGCUGCACUGCCCUAGGGGGUUACCUGGCAGUGGUCAGCUCUCAGGAGGAGCAAGAGCAUGUCGUGAAAAUCAUGAAGUCUAAUACAUCAACGGUUGACGUGAUAUCAGGGAUGUUCGACCCAUCCUAUAGCAUGGUAUAUACUGGAGAAGACGGCUCUUAUCUGUCCUACUCCGCCUGGGAUGCCGGCAACCCGGACACCAGUGGGCUGAAGACACGGGUGCUGUUUAAGAAGACCGCAAACUUCAGCUGGAUCAAUGCAGAGAUUAGCGGUGGUCCUAACGGAGCUCUGUGUGAGACCAACUACGGAUUUGACGGGUGUUACAACAAUCCAACGACGCACGUUGCCAAGAUCUCGCAUUCUCGGUUCAUGAACAGUCUCCAGUGUAUAGAGUACUGCCGUGGUCAGGACGUCCCCAUGGCUGCAGUGUCCGGGGCAGACUGCUACUGUGUGGUCAGUCAACCCACUGGGAGGCAGUCCCCCAGUGACUGUCACCUCGGCUGUCCUUACAACCCGGUCCAGCAUUGUGGUGGAACCAAUAAGGCCAAUGUGUACUAUGUCGGGUACUACUACAGCCGCGCUGUGUCCUGCAGGCACCUGGCAGACCAAGGGGUGCUGUUAGCGGGCACAUACUGGGUGCAGGAACAGGCGGGCCGAACAUCGAGGAAAGUACACUGCAAUAAUAACGGUAAUUAG